AUGGUACGACAUGCCACUCUACUCUUAUUUGUUUGGGUAUUGCCACUCGUUAAACCAAAGAGCAUCACAACUGAACCUGAGUUCGUCAGACACUCAGAGGCGUCAACCGGAUUGUACGCUCAUCUGCACAGUACAAAGCAAAGCUUACCAACGUCACGUCAACUCGAAACGUACCACGAUACGCGAACACACCUCAGACAUCGAUAUUUGACAAAGUGUCAACCGACACCGUCAGUGAGUCCGGCAAGUCCAUCGCGUCACUCUACAGAACAAGCCGAAAAAAUCGAUAAGUGCGAACGAGCACAAAAUGUACAACGACCCGUCCAGAGUCAACCAAGCCUGAUUGUUCGACAAAAAGUCAACCGCACAGACCAGAUUGCCCAGACAGGGCACCGACCGACAAUCGAACAUGACCCCGUAGAAAUGCCGCGACGCCGUUGA